CAAAAAACGAACAAACGUCAAGCGACAGCCGAUGCCCGAUUCCAAUCCAACCAAAAAUCGAAAUCUGAGAGAAAUGAAACGGUCGCUUUGAAAUAAAUAAAAGGAUUUCAGCCGUUGUAAAACAUUAUUGAAGGUGAAAUAAUGAAUACCUCCAGUUUUUCUUCAGCCCCUUUGCCUGGGAAAGGUGUAGACACAGCAAAAACAUUUAUCCUUCCAGACAAAUGUUUCCAAAACCGUGUGGGAUGCGCGUGGGGUCGAGGCAACAAGUUUACGAUAUACCCUCGAAGUCAGACUGUGAGCAAAACGCCAUCAAAUACAUCGCAAGAUAAACUUCUAAACGUUCGUCAAGAUAUUCUUCUGUUCACUCCAAUACUAAGAAAACUUGUCAAUGAAUCCAAUGGGACCUUUCUAUCUCUACAAAAGGCUGCAGAAACUGCCAAGGUCUCAGAUAACCAAGUGGAAUUCCUCAAGCUAUCUCGUCAGUUCCGAUCAAUAAUCCGAGUGUGCAUCGAAAAUCUUCAGGAAGCCGCUUCCAAAGAAGAGAAUGGCAUUGAAAAGAAUAAUAUUCUAUCUCACAUUACAAUUUUCUACUCUAUUGAAUGUAUUUGGCAUUUGUGUGAGAUUCUGUACAUAGACAAUAUUCCAGGAGACAUAGUGUUGCCAUACCUACUGGAAUGGGUGAGGUUCCACUUUCCAUGUCAUGAGCAGACCGCUGCCCAGUUGUUGGAGGCCUGUGAGAGGGGCUCUGAGGAGCAUAAGGACUACUGGGAUACUGUAGUUGGUAUGGUGGUCCAGGGUCGAGUGGAUGUAGCCAGAGCACUGUUGAAACUUCACUCAGCUGGGGAGAGCAAUGAGUUCAAACUUGUUGAUAACUCCUUGAGGAGUAUGCCUGUGUAUAGUGUGUAUGGAGGCAUUUCUACAGGAGAGUUCACAAUAUCCUGGAAGCACUGGCAGGCAGAGUGCAGGUCUAAGCUGAGCAGCAGGGUGCUGGCUUCACAACCUAAACUUGAGCUUAUCAUGAGGAUAAUAAUCGGUGACUACACAGCCUUCGAGUCAAUUCGCAACAAGUAUUCCUCUUGGUUCGACAUCCUAGGCGGCUGGGUGAUGUUCACGGCGCCGUGGUCGCGUCGCCAUGAGCUGGGCGGCGCGGCGGCGGCCUGUGCGGGCAUGCAGGCCUCGCCACGGUCGCAUUUAGAUGAUAUGGUGCGAGCACUGCUUGAAGGGGAUUUGCAUCAGGUGAUACAUGAAAUUCAACAGAUAUCUGACAAUGGGUGGUUUGCAACACAUCUCACGGAUAUUCUGUUCCACUGCGGUAAACUUAACAUCAUGGAUAAGCAGCAAACCAAUGUAACCUCUCGCCUCCGUGAAAGCUUAAUCCUAGAAUAUGGCUGUCUCCUAAUGGAGCACAAGUCCCUCUGGUCAGUUGGUCUCUCCUACUUAGCCUCCUGUCCACCCGAGGGUCUGAGGAGAGCUGAGCUCAUACUGGAGAGAAUACCAGUAGAGACUGAGGCCAAAGCCAUGAGGAUCAUUGCUGAGGCUAAGAAACAUGGACUCAUUGGUGUUGCGCAAUCAGUAUGCCGCUGCAUGUCGGCGCGGCACCUGUCGGCGGGUCGGCUGGGCGGCGCGCUGUGCUGGGCGGUGCGCGCGCGCAGUGCGGGCGCGGCGGCGCGGGCCGCUCACGCCGCGCUGCGCCACUACACGCAGCACGCAACAUUGCCUGCUGUAGACCUGUUGUUAACUGCGGGAUCCGCCAUGCUGCUGUCUGAUGCGUUGCUGUUUUUAGGAAAAUACUGUGAUUUCCACAGACUUUAUAAAACAAGAGAAUUCAAGAAAGCUGCACAUUUACUAGUCUCUUUGAUUACAUCGAAAAUUGCUCCAGAAUACUUCUGGGAAACACUCCUCCUGGAUACAUUACCUCUCCUAGAGUCUGAUGAAGCAGUAUUCACAUCUAACGACACAUACGAGAUCAUGCUGUGCCUAGAACUUCGUUCCUCCAGUCUAGACAGUGAGAAGGCUGAUCUUCUCCGCCUAGCCUUGGCCCGUAACCUGGCCAGAACAGCCCUGGCCGAAGGUGACGGGACUGAGGAACAAGCCCAAUGAUUGUUCAAGAGGAAUCGGUCUUGGAACUCAGUGCUUUUGUGCGAGAAUAGUAAAAUUGUGUGGGAUGCCAUCAAAGACUAAAGUGGACAAAGAGUGAGCCAAUAUUGUUGAUUGUAUUUUAAGGAGUAUGUAGGUUUUGUACUAAAAGUUGUAAUCAAGUAUAGAUUGGUUCAUGUGCAUACAUUCAUUCAUAGCUCUUAAUUAUUGUGUCAUGGACACUAACCGAGGCUUGAAAGAACAUGAUACUACUCUAUGAAUAACUGAAUAAAGAUUGUAUCUAUCAAGUCUUCUGGUUACAGCAUUGAAAGUAUACAAAAGCCUUUUCACUAAAAACAAUCAUUUAUAUCAUUGUUUAGGAGUUAAUGAGGUAAAAUGCUAAGAUUUUUUCUACUUCUUACUUACAUUGAUCAGUUAUUUUUAUCAAAUAAAAAAUAGUUUCUAAGAAAUAAUACAAUCAAAUUGAAUAAAGUUGUUCUGAAAAAUGUAUAAACUUGCAGAUCAAGAGGGACACUUCAUUUGAAUAGGCAUAAAUUGUUUAACUUUAGAUAAGCGCUAACUCAAAUGGAGUAUAGGCUCCUGAUUACUUUGAAAUAAAUUGUUUGUGUAAUAAAAAUAAAGAUUUUUCUAAUCAGAGUCAUGGUUUUCUAUGUAUGUACGUAUUUUUUGUAAAACUUGUCAAAUUUUAGUUUUUACAGAGUAGUCAGUCAAAUAGUUUAAAACGGAUAGUUGGUACAAAUUCUGAUUGCCAACUAUUGAAUAAAAAUAUUUCCAUUUUUAUACAAACUUACGAUUUACUGCCGCGAAUGUUGUUGAAGAUAUGUCUGCAUUUGAAUGAAUGUUUGUUGUUUAAGUAGGUAUAAUUAAUACACUAAUAACGAAGAAAUAGUAUUUACUGCUACUCACGACAGUUAUAGCAACAGGAAAUACAUUCCAAUACCCUUAUGUGGGAACCAUCAUUAAAUUACCAAGUCUUCCUCAUACAAGAAAUAUUUUGUCACCCAACUCAAUAGUAAUGUGAUGAAUAGAUUCUUUCUUAAAUACAAUAAUUAUCAGUUUUUUAAUAAACUUCGUGUGUAAAUGGAAUGGAUGUUUAUAAAAUUAGCCAGAACAGUUAACUAUUAUUUUCUUCUGUAAUCCUUUAUUUCAUAACAAUUCAUUGAAGUGAGGUAGUAUGUGAAUAACGUAUGUGUGUGCUUACAA